UCUCGAUAGAUGGUGCCAGCGUACCGAACGCGAUCAGCCGCUGAAACAGCUAGGAUCAGCUGAUUGAGCUGAUAUUUAAGUGUUGCGUUGUUUAAGAUUUUUUUACGCUGUAUGUAAUUUAUUAAAUGUCGUUUCGUCAUAAUUUGCGUCGAUCCGUGAUUGGUCGUGUACGUGAAACCGUGCGCAUCUUUUACGUUCGAGUGCAGUGAUAAGACUGGACGAGGCGCAACAGUUUUUCAGAUUUGCGGCGUUGCGAGGUUAUGUGCGACAAGUAUCACGAGCGUGAUUUGUGUAUCUCUCGUCUUCGGGAUGCAACGAAGGUCAAUAGAGUAGAUUGAAUCAACUUUCCAACUGAAGUAUCAGUGAGAUAUUGCCGGUGAGGAUACAAAAAUGGCGGAUUAUUGGAAGUCCCAAGGACGCAAGUUCUGCGACUUCUGCAAGUGCUGGAUCGCCGAUAAUAAACCGAGUAUCGACUUCCAUGAAGGCGGCAAGAAGCACAAGGAAAAUGUCAGUAAGCGGCUCAAGGAGAUCCACAAGAAUAGCGCCAAACAGGCAAAACAGAAUAAAAAAUUCGAGGAUGACCUCAAGAAAAUGGAAAAUGCGGCUAUGGCUGCGUACUUGAAGGAUGUUGAGAAUAAUACGCGAGAUAUGACUGCUGAGAAAAUCAUUAAAGAGAAACUGGAUAGGAUAGAAACAAAAGAAACGCCUCAAAAUUGCAACCGUAUACCGUCAGCUGCUCCAGAAACGAUUCCAAGAUUCAAAAACAAUAGUGGACAGUUCUUGCCAAAAGUGGAUCCUUGUGACCCGGCAACUUUAUCAAAAGGUGCGCCGUCGUUUCCACGAGUCCAGCAGCAGCACAACGGCGAGAGCAGGACUCCGGGGAAAAGUAAAUCGGGUAAGGCGAAGGGAAAGGGGAAGAAGACCCAAGAGGAUGAUCGUCCGACCGCACCCGUCAGAAAACUGUGGUAUGAGGCUCGCAGUCCCGAAGGAUACACUUACUAUUGGCACAUUGAAACGAACGAAUCGGUUUGGGAGCCUCCGGAAGAAGGCUACAUGACUUUCAUGGAGCAAGAAGAAGAGGCGAAGGAAGAGGUGAUCCAGAGAGAGCUUAUAGAACAAUUGGAUAAAGAGGAAGCAGGCAAGAAAGCAGAUAUUCUCAAAGAGCAACGAGCCAACAUUGAGAGAGAGAAGAUGAAAGAGUUCAGGAAACGAUCAGUUGAAAACGAUGAUGUCCAAGAUGCUGAAGAAAGCAUGGAAAUAAAGAAGAAGGUGGUUGAAGAAGAACGACCUUACUGGCGAGACUACAGUGUACCUGAGAGACCGCAACCUUACGGAUCCUGGCAAAUCGUGGAGACAACCAAGAAGGAACCAGUGGAUCUUCAAUUGCCAAAACAACAGAAACAAAUACAGCUGCCCACAUUUACAAAGAUAGAGCCACCGCCAUUACAGAGGACUUUUAAAGAAAAAACUGUUAUACAAAUUAAUAUAGGUAACAGUGACGAUGAAGAAACAGCCACUACUUUUAAAAAAAGAAAAAUCAGUAACAAGAACGUACGCAAAAGAACGACUGAUGAUUGAUAAUAUUUAUUGUGGAAAGUGAUAUAAUCUUUUGUCUUUU